GUGGAGAACUUCAUUUCCUUCAGAUUGGAGGCACCUGCGAUGACAUAGAUGAAGCUGAUAUACUUGUAGAUGGAUCUCUUUCCAAAAGUGUAGAACAGUCCUCAGAAGGCACCAAGCCCUUAUCUAACCCUUCUAGUCCAGGCAUUGCAGGAGUUGAUCUUUUGGUGGACCAGCCAUUUUCCCUGGAAACACUGACAUCCCUGGUGGAACUGACCCGUUUUGAGACCUUGACACCACGAUUCUCAGCCACUGUCCCUCCCUGUUGGGUAGAAGUCCAGCAAGAGCAGCAGCAGAGGCGACAUCCUCAGCAUCUGCACCAGCAGCACCACGGGGAUGCAGCUCAGCAUACUCGGACCUGGAAGCUACAGACAGACAGCAACAGCUGGGAUGAGCAUGUCUUUGAACUGGUUCUACCAAAAGCCUGUAUGGUUGGACAUGUGGACUUCAAAUUUGUUUUGAAUUCAAACAUCACAAACAUUCCCCAGAUUCAAGUGACUUUACUGAAAAAUAAAGCUCCAGGCUUAGGCAAAGUCAAUGAAGCAGCAGUAGAUAGACAGAUCACAUUUCCUUUAUCUCCAGCUCAUAAUAUUGAAGUGGAGAGAAAUGGAAAACCAGGACUGGUGGAAUUCAAUGAAGAAAUGCAGUAUAUGGAUGUAGAGGAACCACAAUGUCUUAGAUUGUGUCCAUUUCUGGAGGAACACAAGGAAGAUAUACUUUGUGGUCCAGUGUGGUUGGCUACUGGACUUGAUCUAUCAGGACAUGCUGGAAUGUUGACACUAACAAGUCCAAAGCUUGUUAAAGGUGUGGCUGGUGGCAAGUAUCGUUCAUUUUUAAUUCAUGUUAAAGCAGUGAAUGACAGAGGAACAGAAGAAAUCUGCAAUGGUGGCAUCAGACCAGUUGUUAGAAUACCACCUCUAAAACCUCAGACUAACAAGGGUCAUUCCCUUGCUUCAUUGUUGGCAAAAGUUGCAGCGGGCAAGGAAAAGCCAUCUAGCAAAAUUGAAGCCAGUAAUUCUUCCAGAAAAUCAGAUAAUCUGCGCGGCUGUGACUUACUUCAAGAAGUCUCUGUAACAAUUCGAAGAUUUAAAAAAACUUCAAUUUCAAAGGAAAGAGUUCAACGGUGUGCCAUGUUACAGUUUUCAGAGUUCCAUGAGAAGCUGCUCACCACUCUUUGCAAGAAGACAGAUGAUGGUCUGACUACAGAACAUGCCCAGAGUCUUGUACUCGACACACUCUGUUGGCUGGCUGGGGUGUAUUCAAAUGGACCUGGCAGCUCAAAGGAAGGAAACGACAGUUUGCUUUCUAAAACACGUAAAUGUGUCUCUGAUAUCAUACGUGUUUGCUUCUUUGAGGCUGGACGGAGCAUAGCUCACAAAUGUGCACGAUUCCUUGCACUCUGCAUCAGCAAUGGCAGGUGUGACCCGAGUCAGCAGGGGUUUGGAUCAGUUCUUCUAAAAGCUUUGCUUGACAAUAUGCCUCUUUUGCCUGCUGCUGCAACAGGUGGUUCUGUGUAUUGGUAUUUUGUAUUGCUGAAUUAUGUGAAGGAUGAGGAUUUGGCAGGAUGUAGUACAGCUUGUGCAUCAUUGCUCACUGCCGUGUCCCGACAGCUGCAGGAUCGCCUGACGCCGAUGGAAGCAUUGCUUCAAACAAGAUAUGGAUUAUAUAGUUCACCUUUUGAUCCAGUUCUGUUUGAUUUGGAAAUAUGUGGCUCUUCUUGUAAAAAUGUGUACAACAGCAGCAUUGGAGUACAGUCAGAUGAAAUUGAUUUGUCUGAUGUUCUAUCAGGAAAUGGGAAAAUAAGUAGCUGUGCAGCUGCUGAAGGUAGUUUUACUUCUCUUACUGGACUUCUGGAAGUUGAACCUCUGCACUUUACCUGUGUUUCAACAAGUGAUGGAACUAGAAUAGAAAGGGACGAUGCAAGUACGUUUACUGUGAGUACCUUUGGGGUUACCCCAGCAGUUGGUGGCCUCUCUUCUGGAUCGGUUGGGGAAGCCUCGACAGCACUGAGCUCGGCAGCCCAGGUAGCUUUGCAGUCUCUCUCUCAUGCAAUGGCCUCAGCCGAGCAACAGCUCCAGGUGCUGCAAGAGAAACAGCAGCAGCUUUUGAAGCUUCAGCAACAGAAAGCUAAGCUGGAAGCAAAACUGCAUCAGACAACAGCAGCAGCGGCAGCAGCAGCAUCAGCAGUUGGUCCUGUUCACAACUCUGUGCCUUCUAAUCCAGUAGCAGCCCCAGGGUUCUUCAUUCAUCCUUCAGAUGUCAUUCCACCCACACCAAAAACAACUCCUCUCUUCAUGACUCCACCUUUGACUCCACCUAAUGAAGCAGUUUCUGCUGUUAUUAAUGCAGAGCUUGCUCAGCUUUUCCCUGGUUCAGUCAUUGACCCUCCAACAGUUAACCUUGCAGCACAUAACAAAAACACAAACAAGUCUAGAACGAAUCCACUUGGAUCUGGCCUCGCUCUUGCAAUAUCUCACGCUUCACAUUUUCUUCAACCUCCACCUCAUCAGUCAAUUAUUAUAGAGCGAAUGCAUUCAGGAGCAAGAAGAUUCGUGACCUUGGAUUUUGGAAGACCUGUAUUACUGACAGAUGUAUUGAUUCCCACUUGUGGAGAUUUGGCUUCUUUGUCAAUUGACAUCUGGACUUUAGGAGAAGAAGUGGAUGGAAGGCGACUGGUAGUGGCUACUGACAUUAGUACACAUUCACUUAUUUUACAUGACUUGCUGCCACCCCCUGUUUGCAGGUUUAUGAAGAUCACUGUUAUUGGUCGAUACGGCAGCACAAAUGCCAGAGCAAAAAUCCCAUUAGGAUUUUAUUAUGGCCAUACCUAUAUCUUACCCUUUGAAAAUGAGCUGAAACUAAUGCACGAUCCCCUCAGAGGAGAAGGUGAAGCUGCAAAUCAGCCAGAAAUUGACCAGCAUUUGGCAAUGAUGGUUGCAUUGCAAGAAGACAUACAGUGCAGGUACAAUCUGGCCUGUCAUCGGUUAGAAAUCCUUCUGCAGAGUAUUGACCUGCCACCACUCAAUAGUGCAAACAAUGCCCAGUACUUUUUGCGAAAGCCGGACAAGGCAGUAGAAGAAGAUAGCAGAGUAUUUUCUGCUUACCAGGACUGCAUUCAGCUACAGCUUCAACUCAAUUUGGCUCACCAUGCUGUUCAGAGGCUCAAAGUAGCUUUAGGUGCAAGCAGGAAAACACUGAAGGAGCAGUGUGAUCCGAAAGAGUUGAUUCAGAUGUCAUCCACAGAACAGUUACGCACCAUCAUUAGAUACUUACUGGAUACUUUGCUUAGUUUGCUUCAUUCUUCCAAUGGGCACUCAGUUCCUGUGGUUCUGCAAAGUACUUUUCAUGCUCAAGCUUGUGAAGAAUUAUUUAAACACCUGUGUAUCAGUGGAACCCCAAAGAUACGACUGCAUACUGGCCUUCUGCUUGUGCAGCUCUGUGGAGGAGAAAGAUGGUGGGGUCAGUUUCUCUCCAACGUACUGCAGGAAUUAUACAAUUCAGAGCAACUCCUCAUAUUCCCACAGGACAGGGUCUUCAUGUUGCUUUCUUGCAUUGGCCAAAGAUCGCUUAGCAACAGUGGUGUUUUAGAAAGUUUACUUAAUCUCCUGGAUAACCUGCUGUCCCCACUGCAACCUCAUUUACCUGUGCACAGAAGAACUGAAGGAGUUUUAGACAUUCCUAUGAUCAGUUGGGUUGUAAUGCUGGUGUCCAGACUACUGGAUUAUGUAGCUACUGUUGAAGAUGAAGCAGCCACAGCCAAGAAACCUCUGAAUGGAAAAGAGAGAGAACGAUUUUUGACAGGAAACCAGUGGAGUUUUAUAAAUAACAGCCUUCACACUCAGAGUCUGAGCAGAUCUACUAAAGGCAGCAGUAGCCUGGAUAGACUGUAUUCCCGAAAGAUCAGAAAGCAGCUUGUGCAUCAUAAACAGCAACUUAACUUAUUAAAAGCAAAACAGAAGGCUUUGGUGGAACAGAUGGAAAAAGAGAAAAUACAAAGCAACAAAGGAUCAUCAUACAAACUUUUAGUAGAACAGGCAAAACUAAAGCAGGCUACUUCAAAGCACUUCAAGGACUUGAUACGCUUGCGUCGAACUGCCGAAUGGCCUCGUUCCUCUUUAGAUACAGAAGUAUCAACAACAAAGGAAACUCCAGAAAUUGAACCACUUCCAUUUACACUGGCCCAUGAACGUUGCAUUUCUGUAGUGCAAAAGCUGGCACUCUUUCUCUUGUCCAUGGACUUUACUUGUCAUGCAGAUUUACUUCUGUUUGUUUGUAAGGUUCUUGCUAGAAUUGCAAAUGCUACAAGACCAACAAUUCAUUUAUGUGAGAUUGUAAAUGAGACCCAAUUGGAACGAUUAUUGCUGCUUCUUGUUGGAACUGACUUUAACAGAGGAGACAUCUCUUGGGGAGGAGCAUGGGCUCAGUAUUCUCUGACUUGCAUGCUGCAGGAUAUCCUAGCAGGAGAGUUGCUGGCACCUAUAGCAGCUGAAGCUAUGGAAGAAAGUGCUUUGGGAGAAGAUGCUGGAGCUUCAGCUGGGGAUUCUGAUGACUCCCUCCAGCAGGCCACAGUUCAGUUAGUGGAAACAAUAGAUGAGCCUUUGACACAUGACAUCACAGGUGCUCCACCUCUGUCAUCUUUGGAAAAAGAUAAGGACAUUGAACUUGAAUUACUGCAAGACCUGAUGGAAGUCGAUAUUGAUCCUUUGGAUAUUGAUUUGGAAAAAGAUCCCCUUGCAGCCAAAGUCUUCAAGCCUAUAAGCAGCACCUGGUAUGAUUACUGGGGUACAGACUAUGGCACCUACAAUUACAAUCCCUACAUUGGAGGUGUAGGAAUUCCAGUUGCAAAGCCACCAGUAACUACAGAGAAAAAUGGAUCACAAACUGUCAGCGUAUCAGUCUCUCAAGCUUUAGAUGCACGUCUAGAAGUUGGACUCGAGCAGCAGGCUGAGCUGAUGCUGAAAAUGAUGUCCACCCUGGAGGCUGAUUCCAUUCUACAAGCAUUAACAAACACAUCUCCUACAUUAACUCAGUCUCCUAGUGGAACAGAUGAUUCGUUGCUGAGAGGAUUACAUGCUGCUAACCAAAAUGCUCAGUUGAUUGUACAGUUGUCAUCUAUACCUAUGCUGAGUGCAUGCUUCAACAAACUCUUUUCCAUGCUGCAAGUGCACCAUGUUCAGCUUGAAUCCCUCUUACAGUUAUGGCUCACAUUAAGCCUGAAUUCCAGCUCUUCUGGAAGUAAAGACAGUGGCGCUGAUAUUUUCCUUUAUAAUGCUAACCGAAUACCUGUCAUUUCCCUGAACCAAGCUUCAGUAACUAGCUUCCUGUCAGUUCUGGCAUGGUAUCCUAAUACCUUACUCCGGACGUGGUGCCUUGUGCUUCACAGCCUAACUCUCAUGACAAAUAUGCAGCUUAAUGCUGGUCCAAGCAGUGCCAUUGGAGCUCAGGAAAGUACUGCCCAAUUGUUGGUGUCAGAUCCAAACCUCAUUCAUGUGUUAGUGAAAUUUCUUUCUGGCACUAAUCCUCAUGGAACAAAUCAACAUAGUCCACAGGUUGGGCCAACAGCAACGCAAGCUAUGCAAGAAUUUCUUACUCGAUUACAAGUGCACCUUUCUUCAACUUGUCCUCAGAUGUUCAGUGAAUUUUUACUGAAACUAAUACAUAUACUUUCAACAGAAAGAGGUGCUUUCCAGACAGGCCAGGGACCAUUGGAUGCACAAGUGAAGCUCUUGGAAUUUACUCUGGAACAGAAUUUUGAAGUUGUAUCAGUUAGCACUAUUUCUGCAGUCAUUGAGUCUAUAACCUUUCUUGUGCAUCAUUACAUUACAUGUUCAGACAAAGUAAUGUCUCGCAGCGGCUCCGACAGCUCUGUGGGAGCUCGAGCAUGUUUUGGAGGGCUUUUUGCCAAUAUUAUCCGUCCAGGUGAUGCCAAAGCAGUUUGUGGAGAAAUGACAAGGGAUCAACUUAUGUUUGAUUUAUUAAAGCUGAUAAACAUUUUAGUUCAACUGCCACUUUCCAGUAACAGAGAAUAUAGUGCCCGUGUUCCAGUAGCAAGCAGCACCACAGACAGUGUGUCUGAUGAAGAGAAGGUCUCAGGAGGCAAAGAUGGCAAUGGAAGCAACUCUAAUACACAAGGAUUAACUGCGUGUGUGGCAGACUUGGUGUUAGCCAACCAACAAAUUAUGAGCCAGAUUUUGUCUGCGCUUGGCCAGUGUAACAGCAGUGCUAUGGCAAUGAUUAUUGGUGCAAGUGGCUUACAUCUCACUAAACAUGAAAACUUUCAUGGUGGCUUAGAUGCAAUAUCAGUUGGAGAUGGGUUGUUCACAAUCCUGACAACACUUAGUAAAAAAGCAACAACAGUUCAAGUGAUGCUUCAGCCAAUCCUUACCUACAUGGCCUGUGGAUAUAUGGGAAGACAGGGUUCUCUUGCCACUUGUCAGUUAUCUGAGCCACUGCUCUGGUUCAUUUUACGAGUCUUGGAUACAAGUGAGGCACUGAAGGCUUUUCAUGAUAUGGGUGGUGUUCAGCUUAUCUGUAACAACAUGGUAACAAGCACAAGAGCUAUUGUUAACACAGCAAGAAGCAUGGUUUCGACUAUUAUGAAGUUUCUUGAUUCUGGUCCCACCAAAGCAACGGAUAGCAGUUUGAAAGCUAGAGUGCUGGCUUCUGAGCCUGAUAAUGCAGAAGGAAUUCACAAUUUUGCACCUUUGGGUUCAAUCACCUCAAGCAGUCCCACUGCCCAGCCUGCUGAAGUGCUGUUGCAGGCUACUCCUCCCCACAGACGAGCUCGGUCUGCUGCCUGGUCAUACAUAUUUUUACCUGAGGAAGCUUGGUGUGACCUCACGAUUCACCUUCCUGCAGCUGUGUUGCUCAAGGAGAUCCACAUCCAACCUCACCUGGCCUCUCUGGCGACUUGCCCUUCGUCAGUAUCUGUUGAAAUAAGCGCAGAUGGUGUCAAUAUGUUACCUUUGUCAACUCCUGUUAUCACAAGUGGUCUCACCUAUAUAAAAAUCCAGCUGGUAAAAGCUGAAGUUGCCUCAGCUGUCUGCCUUCGUCUCCAUCGUCCUCGUGAUGCCAGUACCCUGGGCCUCUCUCAGAUCAAACUCUUGGGCCUCACAGCCUUUGGAAACACCUCCUCUGCAACCGUCAACAAUCCCUUCCUUCCCACUGAGGAUCAGGUCUCUAAAACAAGUAUUGGAUGGUUAAGAUUAUUACACCACUGCCUCACUCACAUAAGUGAUUUGGAAGAAAUGAUGGCUAGUGCUGCAGCACCCACUGCUAAUCUGUUGCAGACAUGUGCUGCUUUACUAAUGUCACCUUACUGUGGUAUGCAUUCUCCAAACAUUGAAGCUGUGCUUGUAAAAAUUGGGCUUCAGUCCACUAGAAUCGGCCUAAAAUUGAUUGACAUUCUUCUAAGAAACUGCUCAGCAUCAGGGAGUGAUCCUGCAGAUCUGAAUAGCCCUUUACUGUUUGGAAGAUUAAAUGGUCUCUCUUCUGACUCCACAAUAGACAUUCUUUAUCAGCUUGGAACAACUCAAGACCCUGGAACAAAAGAUAGGAUUCAAGCAUUGCUGAAAUGGGUCAGUGAUUCCGCAAGAGUUGCAGCUAUGAAAAAAAGUGGCCGUGUCAGCUACAUUUGUCCAAAUAGCUCGACAAGGGAGUAUGGUCUUUUGAUGCCAUCUCCGUCCCAUUUGCAUUGUGUAGCAGCAAUUUUGUGGCAUAGUUAUGAAUUGCUUGUGGAAUAUGACUUACCAGCAUUGCUGGACAGAGAGCUCUUUGAGUCACUGUUUAACUGGUCCAUGUCUCUUCCCUGCAACAUGGUUUUGAAGAAAGCUGUUGAUAGUUUGCUUUGCUCAAUGUGCCACAUCCACCCAAAUUAUUUUUCCUUACUGAUGGGAUGGAUGGGUAUCACUCCUCCUCCAAUGCAGUGUCAACACAGACUGUCCAUGACCGAUGACAGCAAAAAGCAGGACCUUAGUUCAUCUUUAACAGAUGACUCUAAAAAUGCACAAGCCCCUCUUGCACUAACAGAGUCUCACCUGGCUACUCUUGCUGCCUCAUCUCAGUCUCCUGAAGCGAUCAAGCAAUUAUUGGACUCAGGUUUGCCUUCACUGCUUGUAAGAAGUCUUGCUAGUUUUUGCUUUAACCAUACUUCUAGCUCUGACUGCACUGCACAAUCAAUGGACAUCACCCAGGACAGGCUCAGGAGGCAUCACGUUCCACAGCACUUUAAUAAAAUGCCUAUCACGGCAGACCUGGUUGCUCCUGUUCUCAGGUUUUUGACAGAAGUUGGCAACAGCCACAUGAUGAAGGACUGGUUGGGUGGCUCUGAAGUCAAUCCAUUGUGGACAGCACUUUUAUUUCUGUUGUGCCAUUCUGGUGCUACCUCUGGAGGACACAAUAUGACAGCACAACAGACCAGUGCAAGAUCUGGCUUGCUUUCUUCGACUGUAACAACAGGAUUGACCACUCAGCAGCGAACAGCAAUUGAGAAUGCAACAGUUGCUUUCUUCUUACAGUGCAUCUCUUGCCAUCCUAAUAACCAGAGACUUAUGGCACAGGUUCUCUGUGAGUUAUUCCAAUCCUCUCCGCAGCGUGGGAACCUCCCAACCUCUGGAAAUAUUUCAGGAUUUAUUCGGAGGCUUUUUUUGCAGCUGAUGCUAGAGGAUGAGAAAGUGACUUUGUUUCUUCAGUCCCCUUGUCCACUCUACAAAGGUAGAAUUAAUGCUACUAGUCACGUAAUUCAACAUCCAAUGUAUGGAGCUGGACACAAAUUUCGUACUCUUCACUUGCCUGUCUCAACAACUCUAGCAGAGGUUCUUGAUCGUGUGUCAGAUACACCCAGUAUUACAGCUAAGCUAAUUAAUGAACAAAAGGAAGACAAAGAAAAAAAGAAUUAUGAAGAGAAAGAAAAAGUUAAAGCAGAAAAUGGAUUUCAGGACAAUUACAGCGUUGUUGUUGCUUCUGGUUUGAAAUCUCAGUCAAAAAGAGCUGUUUCAUCCACACCUCCACGUCCACCAUCAAGGCGAGGAAGAGUGAUGGCAGAUAAAGUGGGUACCUCUUCUUCUGGAGGAGAAUCUUCCAGCAAGACCAUUAGUGUUCCAGUCUUUCAUCUGUACCAUAAACUUCUACCAGGUCAACCAUUACCAGCUGAAAUGACACUUGCCCAGCUUCUGACUCUGCUGUAUGACCGUAAACUCCCUCAAGGAUACCGAUCAAUAGAUUUGACAGUUAAACUUGGUUCCAAAGUCAUCUCAGAUCCAAGCUUAUCGAAAACAGACUCAUUUAAACGUCUCCACACAGAAAAAGAGCAUGCAGAUUUACUGGGACCUUGCCCUGAAGAUGAAGCCAUCAGCCCUGGGGAUGAGUGUAUGGAUGCAGUUCUAGAUGAAUCGCUUCUCGAAACCUGUCCCAUUCAGUCUCCACUGCAAGUAUUUGCAGGCAUGGGUGGAUUGGCUCUUAUUGCAGAGAGGCUCCCUAUGCUUUACCCUGAUGUAAUUCAGCAA